AUGACGCCAUUCCCGCUGUCCGCCGCGCCUGCCGUUUUCGCUUACGAUGCCCCCCCAGCUGCUACUUCUGCCGCUUCCGCUUUCACCUUCUCCGCCGAGCUGGCCCAGCUGCAGCAGCCGCAGCCGCAGCCGCAGCCGCAGCCGCAGCCGCAGCCGCAGCCGCAGCUGCAACCACCGCAGCAGCCGGCCUCGCGCGAUCAACCGCAUGUUGCCACGCACGUCGCGUCUUCCGCUGCUACCUAUCCCGCUCGCGACUCCUCCGCUUCGAACAUCUCCGCCGAACCGCCGCAGCACCCGCAUCAGUCGCCGCAGCAGCCGCAGCCGCAGCCGCAGCAACCGCUUUCGCGCCUGCAGGCACACGCCAUGCUCAUUGCCGCCGCCACGGGCCGCGUCGUGCUGCCCGAUCUUUCCGCCGCGAUUCCUCGCGAGAAUUACGCGAGCGAUGAUUGUGUCGGUAACGGCUAUCGGGCGAAUAGCAACGGGAACACUGGCAUACGCGAUAGUGUCAGCUCCGGUACUCGCAGAAGCGUGGCUUCAGCGUCGCACGGUAACCAGGUCGCGCCUCCAGAGCCCGCAACGGCAGCAACGGCAGCGACGACAGCGACGACAGCCUCGUGCGACGCUCCGGCUUGUAUCGAUACGAAUUUUAACGAAGCGGCGACGUCAGUUCGUGCGUCCCGUCCGCCAGCGGCACAGCAACCGGCAGGGUCCGCAGCGUCUGGCAGCAGAAGCGGGAGCGGCCCGAACGAACGGAGCGGCAACAGGGAUGGCGACGCGAUCGGGGAAAGAGUAGCAAAUGGCAGCUGCGGCGGUGACUGCGGACUCGGCGGCGGAUACUCGUUACAAGUCCAAGAGAACUCGUCGGUACGCGGUGGUGACGUCAUAGGCCGACAAGACUCCGCUAAUCUGGGAAAUGCGAUAACCCGUUUGCUUUCAAACACCAUGGCCUCGCCGCCUGCGCCGCCGCCGGUGCCGCCGUUGAUGCCGCAGCCCUUGAAACGAUCUUCUUCGUCCAUCCCAAUGUUUUCCGCACCGCCCUCCCGAACCAGUAGCAACCCUGCCGAACCUCUUCCCGAGCCUCUUUGCUUGCCUUCCAUUCCGGAACCUCUCCAGCCGUCGCAUGCGCGCCCUCUGUCCGCGUCCGCCCAACCCCCUUGCGCGCCGAGCGCCGCGCCAUCCGCUUCCCCUUUACCCGCGCCGCUGGCGGCGCUUCUGGGCUUGACACGUGGCACGGAUCCGCUGCAGUUCAUGGGAAUCGAACGGCGGCGGGAUGAUCUGCUGCUAGCCGCGGCGUCGGCGCGCAGCAUCUGCGACGUCCCGUCUGUCAACUACCCGUCGCAGAGCAUUCUCGUCUCGCAGAUCUCCUCCCAUCCGUCCGAUUCGCUCUCAUUGCAUCCGUUCGAUUCGCUCCUCGCCGCUGCGCCAUCCGCGGCGCUUCCGUGUCUCCCGCGGUCCGCUUCCGCUCCCGCCGGGUCUGGGGAAGGCGGAACAUCAACGGGGACCGCAACAGCAACAGCAACAGCGGCAGCGGCAACGGCCCAAGGUGAAGUGGAGGGGGAAGGGAAAGCCGCGGGAAGCGAGGGGAAGCGAGGAGCGGGAGCGGCGUGGGUGGGGGCGCGGACGCCGCGCGAGGAGGACAUCAAUGAGUGGCUGGCGAAGGUGCUCGGCCCCGGGGGCUUACAGGCGCGGGGAACUGCAGGGCCGGGGGGGUUGCAGGCGCGGGGAGCUGCAGGGCCGGGGGGAUUGCAGGCGAGGGGAACUGCGAACCCGUGGGAAUUGCAGGCGCGGGGAGCUGCGUCGGGGGGCGCAUUGCACCCGCAAGAGCCUGCGGUGGGGGGCAGCUUGCAUCCGCGGGAUCCAGCGGGUGGGGGGAAUGCGAGCGGGCAGGUUGCGCAACAGAGCGCCGCGGCGGCUGGAAGCGGCAGCGGGUUGGGCCAGCGUGGAGGGCGCGCAAGGGAAGGGGUCCAGGCGGAGCAGAGGGUUGAAGGGGGGAGAGUUGAAAGCGGGUGGGCGGGAGGGUUUCUGUCAGGAAGCAUUCAGCUUUUGGCUGCGAGUCAGGGGUUACAUGCGAUUCGGGGGGUGAACGCGAAUUCGGUGUUGAAUGCAGGACAGGGGGUAGGGUGUGCCGGUGUGUCGCUGGGUCAGUGGGAGCUACAGCAGCCCGCUACUGUUGAGGAGUUUGUGCUGCAGUGUAAUAAACGAAAGCUAGCUGCUCUUCAAGAGACAGUAUUCAACGAGCAAAACAGGCAACGCCUUCUCUAG